CCAAUCCAAUCCAAUCCCCCCCCCACACACACACACACACACACACACACACACACACACACACACACACAUCCCCACUCUCACUUUCUUUUUCUCUCUCUUUCAACCCUUUUCCUUUUUGCUUUCUGGGUUUUUCUGGGUUUUUGUGCUCUCAUAGAGAUCCGCUUUCAAAAUGGGGUUUUCCCGAAGCAGUGGUACUUACUGUAGAGAGCCUAUUCACAACCAAAUUACCCCAAUUGCUUCAUCUCUCUCUACUGAUCAGUACUUGGACUACAAUGAGAUAAAAUUCAAGACCCUUUUGUAUAAGAUGAUUUCGGAAUUUGGAUUGUUGGCAUGUGUUCUCCCCAGGGGCAGGGCCAAAGAUCAAUCGGAGAGAGAGAAUGUUAGCAGCAGCAGCAAUUCGGAGCACAACAAGGCUUGGUUGCUUGCGGAGUCUGGAGGUUGUGGUGCGGAGUUGAAUUCGAGUACUGACCCACAAUCAGUUCACUCCUCUUUCAGGUUCAGUCUCUGCUCCCAAAUCGAACUCGAAUCAAUGAAUGUGGCUACUAAUCCUUCUUCUGCAACUAUUUUGAUGGUGAAUUUGGACAAUGGUUUCUUAACUGACUCUCGAUCUCAAGAGCUUAAAUGGCAAAGAAUUCAAUCACUGGAAAGGAGUAUAUCUCCUCUGGCUCAUACAUUGACUAGGUUUAGCUAUGCUCAAAUCGUCUCUGCUACUCGAAAUUUUUCAAAAGGCAGGGUUUUGGGUAGAGGAGCACUGAGCUAUGUUUUCAGGGGGAAAGUAGGGUUUUUGAGGACCACCGUAGCGGUUAAGCGGUUGGAUAAGGAAGAUAAAGAGUCUUCAAAGGCAUUUUGUAGAGAACUGAUGAUUACUAGUUCACUCCAUAACUCAAAAAUUGUCCCUCUUGUUGGUUUUUGCAUUGAUCCUGAUGAGGGUUUGUUUUUGGUCUACAAGUAUGUAUCCGGUGGAAGCUUAGAGCGGUAUUUGCACGAGAAGAAGAGGGGAGUGAAGGGUGGUCCAUCACUUCCAUGUUCUGUGAGGUACAAAGUUGCUGUUGGAAUAGCAGAGGCAAUUGGUUAUUUACACAAUGGAACUGAGAGAUGUGUCGUUCACAGAGACAUUAAACCCUCGAACAUCCUUUUAUCUUCCAAGAAAACACCAAAGUUAUGUGACUUUGGAUUAGCUACGUGGACUCAUGCGCCUUCAGUACCUUUCCUUUGCAAAACUGUGAAAGGAACGUUUGGUUACUUGGCCCCUGAAUAUUUCCAGCAUGGGAAGGUAUCUGAUAAAACCGAUGUUUAUGCUUUUGGUGUGGUCCUGUUGGAACUAAUAAGUGGACGGAAGCCUAUCGAGGCAAAGAGGGGUCCAGGAGAAGAAAACUUGGUGGUGUGGGCAAAGCCAUUGUUGCAGCAAGGAUCGAUUGAAAGUCUGGUCGAUCCACAGCUCAAACUCGCUGCCAAGAACUUGAAUCAAAUAUCCUGGAUGGUUCAAGCUGCAGCUGCCUGCAUAAACAGCGAAGAAUCCCAGAGGCUUGGCAUUGCUGAGGUUAUUGCAAUACUAAAAGGAGAAGAACGUAAUUUACCUAACAGGAGGAGGUGCAGUUUUUCUAGUAGUGGUUGCGUUGUUGAUUGUUGCCCUCAAUUGCAACGCACGAAAAGUGAUAUGAGGAGUCAUUUCGCCUUGGCAAUGCUUGGAGUUUCGGAGUUUGAAGACGAUGAUCACCAUCUGUACUGUCGAUGAAAUGAAACAGAUCAUGAAACAGAUCGAACAACUUGAAUUUUUAAAAGUUUUUUUUUUUUUUUUUAACCCUGAAGUUUUAUUAUGUUGCAAUUGUAGAACUCAAAAAUUGUGUUGAAAUUGUAGAUGAAGAGGGUGUGUCUUGGUCAAUUGCUUUUGUACAUAUUUCCAUAUCUUGUCUUUUGCUUUCAGAGGCAAGGAUGAAAUAGUGUUUUUUUUUUUUUUGGGACAAGAUUGGAGUGCUUCUACAAGACGAGUAUAGUCGAGCUAAGUAUAAAUUUUUAACGGGUAAUAUGAUUCGACUCACAUAUAUAUGAUUAUGGUGUACAAAUUCUUAUGUGAUUGCUGAAAAGUAUUUGGUAAUUUCUUGCUGCUUCA